AUGGAAUGGCUAGGAAAUCUAUACUCUGACGUCGAGCACCGCGGGGCUCAUGAAAUUAUUUUGCGCUAUAUCAACAACGACGGGGUGGUGGUGGGGUGGGGCCAUUCUGUGAAUGGGGAAUUAGGCAACAACGCGCGCUAUAACACCCUCACGCCACUCAUGGUCGGGGGGCUUGACAAGCCUAUCCGGAUCGCCUGCUCGGUGAUGUCGUCGGCCUGGCUUGGGGUGCAGAAUUUCCUUCUGACGAUGGGAAGUGGGAUGUGGGGGGAGCUAGGGGUGGGGAACCCUUGUUUAUGCCCGCGGGUGGUGAAUAACGAGAUGAACCUGCCGAUCUGCCCGACGCAGAUCACCGUCCGGCCCUUUGACCCGAAAGACCUCAUCAUAGACGUCACCGCGGGGUACCUUUACUUCGCCGGGGUCUCCCUCAAAGGGGUGGUUUACGCGUGGGGGGCGAACAACUACGGGCAGUGCCACCGCGACCUCUACAACGCCUGCUGCGGGCUCGCGCAGCCGCGGGUGAUCCCGAACGAGAAGGUGGUGGAGGUGGCGUGUGGGAACUACACCGUGCUCGCGCGGACGGUCUCCGGGGCCGUCUACGGCUGGGGCCUGUCGAAGCUCCUCGACCUCGAGCCCGAGGAGGAGGCGGGGCUCGUGCAGGUCCGCACGGAACCCCGCGAGCUGCCCAACGCGGGAGACCGCUUCGUCGUCCCGGACCCCCACCGGCUGGGGGUCUUCACCGGGGAAUCCGUGCGGGGGGUGCGGGCCGGGCCUUGGCAUUUCGCGGCCUUCACCGCCGCGGGCGUCGUGUAUUCGUGGGGGCUGGGGAAUAACGGCCGGCUCGGCCACGGCGACGAGGCGGACGUCCUUCACCCGACCCCGGUGCGUGCGCUCUCGGCGGUCGACAUCGUCGAGGUCGCCUGCGGGAGCUUCCACACCGUCUUCCUCACCGCCGACGGCCGGGCCUACGCCUGCGGGGACAACCAGGCCGGCCAGUGCGGCGCGGUGGGGGUCUUCGCGGUGGUCUUUCCGCAGCCCCUGCGGGUCCCGGGCGGCCGCGCGGUCGUCCACGCCGCCUGCGGCCGCCUCCACACCCUUUUGCUGCUCACUACCGGCGAGGUCGUGGCCUACGGCUCCGGCGUCGGGCUCGGGCUGGGCAGCGGCUACGGGAUCCGCCUCGUCCGCGGCCAGCCCCUCCUGACGAACUUCACGACGCUGUGGGUGGUCAGCGGCCGCGCCCACGGCUUCGCCAUGACCCUGGCGAAGACGACGACGAUGGUGGUGCUGGGGAUGCCCCACCGCGGGGUCCCUGCCGCGGUCCUGUGCAGCGGCCUCAAGGACGGCAUCCUCGCCUGCGGGGCGGGGAACGACUUUACCCUGCUCAUUAACCGCUGCGGGGGGCUGUACGGGUUCGGCGUGGAUGGAUGGGGGCAGCUCGGGUUCACCGCGCCGGAGUCGGCCGCGCUGACCCCCGACGGCGUUCCGGUCAUCCCGAGCGCGAUGCGCGUGCCCUACUUCGCGCGGACGGUCGUGACCUUCGUGGCGGCCGGCUUCAGCUUCGCCCUGUGCAUCAUCGAGGGCGAGCGGGUCUACGCGUGGGGGAAUAACAGCUACGGGCAGUGCGGGCUCGGGGUGGAUCCGAAGAAGUGGAAGCGCAUCGCCCAGCCCCGGGAAAUUACCUGGCUGGGGGAUAAGCAGAUUAUCCAGGUCGCCUGCGGGAGCUACUUCGCCCUGGCUCUGCGCGCGAGCGGGGAGGUCUAUAGUUGGGGCGCGAUCGAGUGCUGUGGGGUGGGGUUGGACCCCCCGAAGGAGGCGAUUCCUCCGCGUGUGAUUAUGCGCGACGUUGGCGAGGAAAGUGCCGGGGUUAUCCUCUCUCCGGUUUUGGUCCCCUGUCUGUCAAACAUUGUUCAGGUGGCCGCGGGAGGCUGGCAUGCACUCGCGCUCAACGCCAUCGGCGAGAUCUACACCUGGGGGAUGGGGGAUGGGGGCCGCCUCGGCCUCGGGAACCUCGACUCUGUCUUUUAUCCAACGCGAAUCAUACACGACAGCUUUUUUACGCGAAUUAACUGCGGUUGCUAUAGUAGCUACGGGAUCGACGACGACGCGCGGCUCUUUGUGUGGGGUGUGAACGAUGUGGGGCAACUGGGGUUGGACAGCGCGAAUGUGCUGACGCCAACUUACGUGUUGGACAAUGUUAUGGAAGCCACACUCGGGAAAUCUUUUACCUUGGCGCUCACCUUUAACGGGAUGUUUCACAUGUCCGGCAUGAUAGAGUUUGACGGCGGGUUCGUUUCCAAGUGUUCGGGCUUUGAUGAUUUUGACAACCUUCCCACCUUUAUUCGAUCCUCGACACUAGCUCAGGAGCGGCUUAGGGGCCUCCGAAUUUUCGGAGGUCAUGAACAUGUUGUGUUAUUAUGUGAAAAGAACCCAAUCGAACCUGACUUGAUCGCAAUAACCACGAAGACCUUACGCCACCAGCCUGAGCGUAUUAUAGCAAGAAGGUCCAUGUAA